AUGUACAAUCAACGUGCUCGUGUGUAUUGUCUGCUGUUACUGGGUGGUCUACUGAUCCCGAACGCUACCGGUAAUAAAAUUCCCUUCUUCUACCUUCAGUUUUUCAUGGAUAUAGAACAAUGUGCUAGCUAUAGCUGGGGAGGUGCGACUCUUGCCUGCUUGUACCACAAUCUAUGUGAAGCUGCACUUGGUAAGAGGACCGUGGUGUACCUAACAAAACCUGAGGUGCAUUCUCAUGAGGGCUUCCAUGAAACGGCGGCCUCUCAUCACUACGCGGUGGAGACCCUUCACAAAAUACGCCACUUUCUUAGGGAGCAAGACAUGUCAGGACGGCCGGAUUUAUUCACCAUUUCGAGAAUGGUUGAAGAUGGCCUCCAGAUAUGUGGGGAAGCUGAGACGAUGGACCACCGUCCUUCACAGCGCUCUGAGCUGGACCUUGACAUGCCCGUGCGGCAAAAAGCGAAGCGGCGUGGAAAGAAGAAAGUUGGUGGAGAGUCGUCAUCAUCAAGGAUGGAUACUCAGUUGGUUGAUGAUUCUGAUGACGAUUUUGUGGCUCCACCUCCACCAAGAUCUGCCGUGCGGGGUCGUCACUCAGUCAGCCACACGGGUGGUACAGGAGAAGAUUUCGGUCUCAGCGAUCAACAAUCUCCACCUCGGUCUUCUGCGAGAGACGACAUUGAUUUAGAGAAUGCCGUCGUUGAAGAUACUCCUCCGUCUAGAAUCCCUAAGACCAGCAUCGGGAAGGGAAUCCGUAGUCUGUUUAUGCGUAAAAGGCGAGACGAGUGAACGUUGCCCGAACUUUUUAUAUUGGUGUUUUUACAUUAAUUUUAACGCUUUAUAUAAGUAAUUUGAUAUAUUGUAUUGAUAUUGGUGUUUUUUCAUUCAUUUGGCGUAUGUAUAUUAGUAAUUUGAUAAA